UUCCCCCAUUAUCAAUUGUAAUAAAUUUCAUUUUAACUAAAAGAAAGAAAAUAAGAUAAGAAUUUGAGGUUUUAUAUUUUGAUGAAGUUCGGGAAGAGGAUUAAAGAACAGAUACAAGAGUCGUUGCCGGAGUGGCGGGACAAGUUUCUCCGUUACAAGGAACUCAAGAAUCUGAUCUCUUCUCCGGCGCCGGCGGAAUCUAUUUUCGUUGGUUUGUUGAACGCAGAGAUCGACAAAUUUAAUGCUUUCUUCGUGGAACAAGAAGAAGAUUUCAUCAUCCACCACAAGGAAUUGCAAUAUAGGAUUCAGAGACUGGUUGAGAAAUGUGGACACAAUGAUGAAAUGUUUAGAGAGGAGAUUAGUGAGAUGAGAAAAGAUAUUGUCAAUUUCCAUGGAGAAAUGGUUCUUCUAGUAAACUACAGUAACAUCAAUUACACUGGAUUAGCAAAGAUUUUAAAGAAGUACGACAAGAGAACAGGAGGAGGAUUAAGAUCACCGUUUAUACAGAAAGUUCUUCAUCAACCGUUUUUCAAGACUGAUCUUGUUUCAAGACUAGUGAGAGAGUGGGAGACGACGAUGGACGCGGUGUUUCCCGUGACGGUGGCGGAGGCGGAAGGAUACGAGAGAUGUGCGGCGGUGACUUCGGCAGCGGCGGGAGUAGGGAUAUUUAGGAAUACGGUUGCGGCAUUGUUGACAAUGAAAGAGAUGAGAAGAGGAAGUUCGACUUAUAGUGCAUUCUCACUUCCACCGCUAAAUAUCUCCGAUUCCGAUCUUGUUCUCCGAUCUGCAAUAAGAUUGCGGAGACAUUUGAAGGCAAGUCCUGAAACAGAAUUUGGCUACUUUGAAAGAGAUGAGGUCAGUAAUAUCAAAGCUAAAAACAUUCAGGGCCUGGAACUACAGUUGACAUCAGAAAAUCUUCAGGAGUAUGACUACAACUCUAUCAAAUCUACUUGUUUCAAUGAAGAGAUUGGGAUCUUGUAUAAGCUUAAGUAUGGUGAAAUUGGUGCUAGGUUGAUGUACAAAACCCGUCCUAUGGCUCAGUUCACUGGUACUUUGAGACUCCUUGGUUAUCUCUCGGGUUUGGAACUCAAUUCCAUGAGUAUUGUUGACAUUAACAGCCAGAAGCUCGAUAAGUGGUAUCUUGGGCUCACUAUUAUUGCAGGGAAUGCCUCUGUACAGAUAAGAGGAGACGCUGAUAAAUACGUUGUUUCAACCCGCCAUCGGAUUCACCCCAGAUUUGUGUCGCUCACUGAGAUGAAUAAACCGUUUUUAAUGCGCGCUUCACUCGAGGAGACUGUUGCGAUGGGAUUCGAAUUCGAGCUUAACCCUAGGACAACACUUGAAGUGAUGGUCUCCCAUUAUCAAGCUCCGGCUUUUGCACUCCAAUAUCAAUGUUCAAGGGAUCAGUGUCUCAUUAGAGUUUACAGUGACGUCUACUCCAAAAAAACUGGUCUAUCUUUUGCAUUUCUUCCAUCUUCUAGCACUAAGAUGAAGGAGACAUUUCAAGGCAAGUCCCGAGACCUGAAACCACAAUUGGCAUCAAAGAAUCUUCAGGCGUCGAAGCCGAGAGUUUCAUCAUCAGAGCGUCGAACCAGGACUGACAGAAAGAAGCCUCUUAUUGCUAUUCAAUGCCGUAGAUGCUUAUCAGACUCUUCUCCGGUAGUUAUCGUCAACCCUUGCGACCACAGAUUCUGCGUGAAUUGUAUCUUAUUCCUCUGGUCACUCCAGAAACAGAGAGAACCUUGUGUGUGUCCCCUUGAUGGAGAAAAGAUUAUCUGGUUACGUCCUCCUAUGCUUGACGAACCUGAGGAGAUUAGUGGCCUUGUCGACAUUUAUAAUCCUUUGUUCAAUCCAUACCAUAUCAUGGACAUGGCCGAGGCACAACUUGUGCGGACAUUUACACGGUUUUACUGUGCGGAUCUGACUCUUAUAAUCUUGGGGGCAAUUGCGUACUAUUUCAAGAUUAGCAAGUCUAAAGCGUCUGGCACUUAGAAGACAUCAACUAUAUCAACCACCUCUUUCCUACUUAGUUAUAUGUCUUGUGCCUUGAGGAACCAACUGUGUCUCUAUUUUAAUUCUCUUGGAACCUUGGAAUGGACUUUAUGAGGAUGUAACUAAACCAUUUUAAGCCUG